ACUCUCACUAGAGAAAAAAAAAACGCUGGUUGCUUGCUCUAUUCACGUCACUUCCACAGACAGAACCUGAGAUUGGGUGAAGCGCGAGCGUGCACGGUGGCUGACGGCGCAAGCGGCGAGCGGAGAUUGGACGCGCCGCGCGACGUCGUGAUCCUGGUGACGGCGACGCAGGCACAGCGCCACAGCGGCGAGCGGAAGUGCAGGACACGGACCCACGCGGCGGCGCGGCGACUUCGGACCUCGCGGCGGCCGGCGGGCUCCGUAUCUUCGCACCGCGGCACUGCACGCCCGGUGGCGCAGCGACGAGCAGGCGGAAACAGUGACAACCCCAUGGUCUGUACUGAAAUUUCCUACCUACUCUAGACUCUAGAGUCUGAAUACACGGAGUCAAAAUCCUUUGCCAAUCAGCUGGCGGGACUGAGCAGCAGCUCCUCGUGGGUCACCUGUUCGACGAAUUGCCCCGCCCACACAGGUCUCCUCGUUCCAUUAGGAUGGCAUUGCUAGGUGCUACGCUCGGCCAGCCACCAUCGCCGUAUCCCUCCACCUCCAGCUGCUCCCUAACCUCGACCCAUAGUUGCUUCACAUUCCGUUUUCCGGUGCAGCCAGGCGUGGUUGUGCACAGGCGAGUGUAUCCCAGGAUCGAAGCCACAGCGAGGCACGGCGCACGGAAAGAGAACGCCAAGGUCAGGAACCGCAGGCACCAGAAAAAGUUCAACGGCACGGCAACCAAGCCCAGGCUGUCUGUCUUCUGCUCCAACAGGCAGCUCUAUGCCAUGCUUGUCGACGACCAUGGCAAGAGGAUGCUCUUCUAUGCCAGCACCCUGCAGGAGGCCAUCUGCGGCGACCCUUCAUGCAGCACCGUGGAGGCUGCUCGGAGGGUCGGGGAGGAGCUCGUCAAGGCGUGCAAGGAGCUGGAAGUCUCCGAGGUCUCGUGCUACGACCGCAACGGCUUCGCCCGAGGGGAGAAGGUGAUGGCGUUCGAGGAUCCGAUCGCGCAGCAUGGGUUCCUGCCGAGAUAGCAGAAGCAUGGCAUGGUAGGCUUGCAUUGGCUGUUCAAAGUAGAGAUUAUUUAGGGAAGAGUAGGAAGAAGGUUGUUUGUUCUGUGAGUUGCUUGCCGGAUGUAUGAUCUAAAGAAUGUAGUUUCACACCAGUUAUUAAGACAGAUAUUGCUCAAGAGUGAUAAAUAUUUCUCCAGUAC